AUGAGGCGUCAUAAUAAACCGGGACCAAAGUCUCGUACAAAAACAGUUUCAAUGGAUUUGGGUGAUACCGACACGGAUAACACAAGCAGUUUUUCGUCUGAUUUCCAGUCGCCGGAGAGAGCGUCUAGUCGAAUUCUAAAUGCAUCCCAAAGUAGAAGCAAUAUAUCUGUGCCCGCUGCAAGGAGGCUAUCACCUAGAAAGUCGGCCACAAAUCUUCAAAGCCAACAAUCUACAAUAACGAAGCCAACAGCAAGAAAAUCGACUGCAAGAAAUCAAAGUCAACAAUCAACAACGUCGAGAAGUGCUGCGGCUUCAAACGCGAGGGUAGAGUCUAGUCUGAAUAGAAGAUCACGUAAAAGAAAUGCCCCUACUAAAUGUAUACAAGAUAUUGUGAGGUUGCAACAAACCGUGAACUUAUUGAUACCAAGGCUACCGUUUGGUCGUAUCGUCCGGGAAAUAAUGAUGGAAUGCUCCUCCUCUGUUGAUCGGAUAACGAAGGAAGCGCUAGAAGCUUUGCAAACAGCAGCCGAAAUGUACAUGGUUUCAAUAUGUUCGGAUGCGUACUUAUUGACGUUACAUCGAAAUCGUGUUACACUUAUGGUUAAAGAUGUAGAAUUAGUUAGUUUUUUACGCUCGAGUAUGAAUGUUUUGUAA